CUCUCCAGUCCGGAGAGACACAAGUUAUCAGGGAGGCAGCCGAAGGGCCGGUGAUCAUCUUUUUUCUGCACCCGCCGCCGUCCCCUCCAUCCCUCCUGUAUGGUGGAUAUUAUUUUCAGCUCUUCUUUCUUGGGUGAUAUGGGGGAUCAUUCCAAAAAGAAGCCAGGAUUCGCCAUGUGUGUUGGAUGUGGGAGUCAGAUCCAUGAUCAGUACAUCCUGAGGGUUUCCCCGGACCUGGAGUGGCACGCAGCCUGCCUGAAGUGCGCCGAGUGCAGCCAGUACCUGGAUGAGACCUGCACUUGUUUCGUCCGGGACGGGAAAACCUACUGCAAGAGAGAUUAUGUAAGGCUGUUUGGAAUCAAAUGCGCCAAAUGCAACCUGGUGUUCAGCAGCAGCGACUUCGUGAUGAGAGCUCGGAAUAACGUGUACCACAUCGAGUGCUUCCGGUGCUCGGUGUGCAGCCGGCAGCUGCUGCAGGGGGACGAGUUCUCGCUGCGGGAGGAGGAGCUGCUGUGCCGGGCCGACCACUGCCUGCUGAUGGAGAGGAGCUCCGCGGGGAGCCCCGUGAGCCCCGGACACCUGCAUCCCAACAGAGCGCUGCACCUGGCAGCAGACCCCGUGACGGUGCGGCAGGCCCCGCACCGGAACCACGUCCACAAGCAGUCGGAGAAGACGACGCGGGUCCGGACGGUGCUGAACGAGAAGCAGCUGCACACCCUGCGGACCUGCUACAACGCCAACCCGAGGCCGGACGCGCUGAUGAAGGAGCAGCUGGUGGAGAUGACCGGCCUGAGCCCCCGGGUGAUCCGGGUCUGGUUCCAGAACAAGCGCUGCAAGGACAAGAAGAAGUCCAUCCUGAUGAAGCAGCUCCAGCAGCAGCAGCACAGUGAUAAGACUGUAAGCAUCUUCAAUCUCCAAGGCCUCACAGGGACGCCUCUUGUGGCCGGAAGUCCCAUCCGACAUGAGAGCACCGUGCAGGGGAACCCGGUGGAGGUCCAGACCUACCAGCCUCCGUGGAAAGCGCUGAGUGAAUUCGCUCUCCAGAGCGACCUGGACCAGCCAGCUUUUCAACAACUGGUGUCCUUCUCUGAAUCGGGCUCUCUCGGGAACUCCUCGGGCAGCGACGUGACGUCCUUGUCCUCUCAGUUACCGGACACCCCGAACAGUAUGGUCCCCAGCCCGGUGGAGACGUGAGACCAUGAUGGUGGUGGUGGUGGGGUGCUGCACCCCCCCCCCCCCUCCUCCCUUUCUCCGUCACAUCCUACCAAACACCCAGAUUUUUCUGCAAGGACAGUUUGCAGCAUGGUCCUCCCUCCCCCCACCUCCCCACCCCUCCUGUCCUCCUCCAUCCUCCCUGCAUGUUGACCAGCUCAUCACGUCACCCGAACUUCCAACUGGAGGGCUUUUUUUUCUCUCCCUGACAUGGAGGAGAAGGAACAAAGAGAACACCGAAUUUUUUUUGUUUAUUUUUCUGACAUCUCUUUGACAAAAAACUUAGCAGAACAAUUGAUGCAUGACUUGAUGAGGAGAACAAAGAUGUACAGAAGAGCUCCAAAUGGAUUUUACUACAGCGAACCUCAGAAAACAAAAACACACAAAAAAAGGAAAUCCUUUUCCAUGUUGCUCCAUGUGGACUCUGCCAUUUCAGUGUGAUCAUACUGUGUCUCGUUUUCUUCUACAUGACAAUUUUUUGAUACGUUGUUCCGGGUCCAGUUGACUCUUUUUUGUUGUCUUAUAAGGUCAGAGCAUGAUAGUCUGCAAAGUGUUGGUGUUGUAAAAUAUCUGAUGAGGGCCACAGACAAGGUUUGAGCUUCUCGAACAAAAAGUAAAUUAUUGUUAUAUAUUAUUUAUUGUUAGGAAAGCGAUUCGUUCAAAAAGAGUAUUACCUGAGAAAAUAAAAAAAUACAAGCUGAGUA